AUGACAACGGCGAUCCGGCAACUAGCAUACGGCGUCAGUUCCGAUGCAGUUGACGAGUAUGUGCGGAUAGGGGCGAGCACGGCGAUGCUGGCAUUGCGGAAAUUUGUGCAGGCUAUUGUGGAGCUGUUCGGAGAUGAAUAUCUGCGUGCUCCCACUGAAGCUGACACCGCUCGCCUCUUGGCAGAAGGUGAGCGGUGUGAGUUCCCCGGGAUGCUAGGGAGCAUCGACUGCAUGCAUUGGGUAUGGAAGAACUGUUCCAAAGCGUGGCAUGGCGCAUAUACAGGCCAUACUCGCAAGCCUUCAAUAGUUUUGGAGGCGGUUGCGUCGUAUGACUUAUGGAUUUGGCAUGCUUUCUUUGGGAUGCCUAGGAGUCUCAACGAUAUAAAUAUUUUGCACCGGUCUAACUUAUUUAUCAGGCUUACCGAUGGGACUGCCCCAACCGUGUCAUACACUAUCAAUGGUAACAGGUACGACAUGGGCUACUACCUCGACGACGGCAUAUACCUCGAAUGGGCGAUCAUAGUGAGGGCAAUUCCUGCACCAAGAGGCAACAAGAGCAUCCAUUUCUCCGCCAUGCAAGCAUCUAUGCACAAGGAUGUCGAACGUGCAUUUGGUGUCUUGCAAUCUAGGUUUGCUAUUGUACGCGGACCAGCUAGAGUAUGGGAUCAAUCCACAUUGCAUAAUAUAAUGACCGCAUGUAUCAUUAUGCACAACAUGAUAAUUGAGGACGAGCGUGGAAGCGCAUCCACAGUGCAGGUGUUCGACUACAUGGGGGAACCAACUCGAGUCCAUCGAAAUGCUGAUGAUGGCGUGCUGCAUUACGUCGAAGCGACUCAAGCUAUCAGGAACCGUGCAAUGCACCACCAAUUGCGUGACGACCGUGUUGAGCACCUCUGGAGUAUUCAUGGUGCACAGUAG